CGGCUGCAUUAGAUACGUGUUCGUGUCGUUUAUGAUAUUUACGAGAAAAAGUAUUAGACUAGUACAAAUUUUAGUAACAUUAACUGUAUAAAGUAAGAGUUAAAGCUAAAAAUAAGUGGAAUAUUAAAUAAGAUAGACACUUCUCAUGUAUAAAAAAAACUUGUGAACUGACGGCAACGUAGAUAUUCCGCCAUGGAGGACGCUCACACGAAAUCCGUGGAUGAAGUCCUAGGGUACUUCGGUACCGAUCCAGACAAAGGCCUUAGUCCAGAUCAAGUCAAGCGGAAUCAGGAUAAAUAUGGGCCAAAUGAACUGCCUGCGGAGGAGGGCAAAAGUAUAUGGCAGUUAGUCCUGGAACAAUUCGAUGACCUUUUAGUAAAGAUUUUGCUGUUAGCCGCUAUCAUUUCAUUCGUUUUAGCUUUAUUUGAAGAACACGAAGACGCAUUCUCCGCCUUCGUAGAGCCUUUUGUUAUUUUACUUAUUCUAAUCGCUAACGCUGUAGUAGGAGUAUGGCAGGAGAGAAAUGCCGAAUCCGCCAUCGAAGCUUUAAAAGAAUACGAACCCGAAAUGGGUAAAGUAGUCAGAGGAGACAAAUCCGGUGUACAGAAAAUCCGAGCCAAAGAAAUUGUACCCGGUGAUGUCGUUGAGGUGUCAGUCGGUGACAAAAUCCCCGCUGACAUCCGUCUUAUUAAGAUUUACUCGACCACUAUCCGUAUUGAUCAGUCCAUUUUGACCGGAGAAUCUGUCUCCGUCAUCAAGCACACAGAUGCCAUUCCCGACCCCCGCGCCGUCAACCAGGACAAAAAGAACAUUCUCUUCUCCGGUACCAAUGUCGCCGCUGGCAAAGCCCGUGGUGUGGUCAUCGGCACUGGUCUCAACACUGCCAUUGGUAAAAUCCGUACAGAAAUGUCCGAAACUGAGGAGAUUAAGACACCCUUGCAGCAAAAACUGGACGAAUUCGGUGAGCAGUUGUCUAAAGUCAUCUCAGUUAUUUGCGUUGCUGUAUGGGCCAUCAACAUUGGUCACUUCAACGACCCCGCUCAUGGUGGAAGCUGGAUCAAAGGUGCCGUCUACUACUUCAAGAUUGCCGUCGCUUUGGCUGUCGCCGCUAUCCCUGAAGGUCUGCCCGCUGUCAUCACCACUUGUCUCGCUCUUGGUACCAGGCGUAUGGCUAAGAAGAACGCUAUCGUGAGGUCACUGCCCUCUGUGGAGACCCUUGGUUGCACAUCUGUCAUCUGCUCAGACAAGACCGGUACUCUAACCACUAACCAGAUGUCCGUUUCCCGUAUGUUUAUCUUUGAGAAGAUCGAAGGUAGCGACAGCAGCUUCCUUGAAUUUGAGAUCACUGGUUCCACCUACGAGCCUAUUGGCGAUGUUUACCUUAAGGGUCAGAAGAUCAAGGCUGCCGAGUUUGACACUCUUCACGAAUUGGGCACCAUUUGCGUUAUGUGCAAUGACUCUGCUAUUGACUUCAACGAAUUCAAACAGGCAUUCGAAAAGGUUGGUGAAGCCACUGAAACCGCCCUUAUUGUACUCGCUGAGAAAAUGAACCCCUUCAAUGUCCCCAAGACUGGACUGGACCGCCGCUCUUGCGCUAUUGUUGUACGCCAAGAAAUCGAAACUAAAUGGAAGAAAGAGUUCACUCUUGAAUUCUCUCGUGACAGGAAAUCUAUGUCCACUUACUGCACACCUCUUAAGCCUUCUCGUCUUGGCAAUGGACCCAAACUGUUUGUUAAGGGUGCACCUGAAGGUGUGCUCGACCGUUGCACACACGCUCGUGUUGGAACUGCUAAGGUUCCUCUGAACUCUACCCUCAAGAACCGCAUUCUGGACCUCACCCGCCAGUACGGUACUGGUCGCGACACACUCCGUUGCUUGGCCCUUGCUACUGCUGACAGCCCACUGAAGCCUGACGAAAUGGAUCUCGGAGACUCUACCAAAUUCUACACAUAUGAAGUCAACCUUACAUUCGUUGGUGUAGUCGGCAUGUUGGACCCUCCACGUAAAGAAGUAUUCGACUCUAUUGUCCGCUGCCGUGCUGCUGGUAUCAGAGUUAUCGUCAUCACUGGUGACAACAAAGCCACCGCUGAAGCUAUUUGCAGACGUAUUGGAGUAUUCGGUGAAGAUGAAGACACUACUGGCAAAUCUUUCUCUGGUCGUGAAUUCGAUGACUUGCCCGUAUCUGAGCAGCGCGCCGCCUGCGCAAAGGCUCGCUUGUUCUCCCGUGUGGAGCCCGCCCACAAGUCCAAGAUCGUAGAGUUCUUGCAGAGCAUGAACGAAAUCUCCGCUAUGACUGGUGAUGGUGUGAACGACGCCCCCGCUCUCAAGAAGGCUGAAAUCGGUAUCGCUAUGGGAUCUGGUACCGCCGUCGCUAAGUCUGCCGCUGAGAUGGUGUUGGCCGACGACAACUUCUCUUCCAUCGUCGCCGCUGUUGAAGAAGGUCGUGCCAUCUACAACAACAUGAAGCAGUUCAUCCGUUACUUGAUCUCUUCCAACAUUGGUGAAGUAGUGUCCAUCUUCUUGACUGCUGCCUUGGGUCUCCCUGAAGCUCUGAUCCCUGUCCAACUGUUGUGGGUCAAUCUUGUCACUGAUGGUCUGCCCGCCACUGCCCUUGGUUUCAACCCACCUGAUCUUGACAUCAUGGACAAACCACCCCGUAAGGCUGAUGAGGGUCUGAUCUCUGGAUGGCUGUUCUUCAGGUACAUGGCUAUUGGUGGUUACGUCGGUGCCGCUACCGUCGGCGCUGCCUCGUGGUGGUUCAUGUACUCUCCCUAUGGCCCACAAAUGACCUACUGGCAGCUUACCCACCACUUACAGUGCCUCAGUGGAGGUGAUGAGUUCAAGGGCAUCGACUGCAAAAUCUUCACUGACCCUCACCCUAUGACCAUGGCCUUGUCUGUAUUAGUAACAAUUGAAAUGUUGAACGCCAUGAACAGUUUGUCUGAGAACCAGUCGCUCGUGACCAUGCCGCCCUGGUCCAACAUGUGGCUGGUGGGCUCCAUGGCUCUCUCCUUCACCCUUCAUUUCGUCAUCCUGUACGUCGAGGUGCUGUCGGCCGUGUUCCAAGUGACGCCGCUGUCCGUCGACGAGUGGGUGACGGUGAUGAAGUUCUCAGUGCCCGUGGUGCUGCUGGACGAGGUUCUGAAGUUCGUGGCGCGCAAGAUCUCCGACGGUGAGAAGCGUUCGCAGCUGAUGCACUGGCUGGACGGCAUGCAAUGGAUUGUGGUCAUGUGGGCCGUGUUCUUUGGCAUCAUCAUCUACGGCCCCCUAUAAGCGGCCCGCCCCGUGUGCCGUGCCACCACCCCGUUUGAUUCACAUCUAAUACCUUCCUACCGAUUUCUGCGCCACCCACCUAUUCUAUUCAUGUUACAGUUUACAUUUUCUAUUCUCAUGAUAAGUUAUUUCUGGUGUGGGUAGCGCAUGGAAUUUAACUGUGGAAACCGAUAGACUUUGAGCCGCGCUCACCACAGUUUCAGUCAUCUAACAGUUUGGAAUGCUAAUUCUGGCGCACAUGGUGUGAAGUGAUGCCCUAGUGCCCCCAGUGCACGUCCCCGGCCCGGUGUUGGACAGCGCGGACUGCGAUGUGAGUGACAGUGCGUAGUGAGUGCCGCCGGACUAGCGUCUAAGUGUAGUUGUCUGUACUGCUUAGGUAGAUCUUACAGAGCCGUGGCAGCGCACUGCGCCCCGCUCUAGUGAUUAUGCAUUUUGUAUGUGCGAGACAAUAAAUUUAUUGGAGCUCAUUUUUUUACAAAUUCGUGAGUUCGACUUUCUUCCUUUUACUGAGUACAUAUACAUAAUAUUAUACACUUAUUUGAUGUGAAGAGGCUGUGAAGACCUUCAUUAUUAUAAAUGCUAACUAAUGAAACACCAAAAAUUGGUUUUAUUGAAAGUAUUUAUAAGUUAGAUUAAUUGCAUUUGAUACAUUUUGUAUACAGUAGCAUGGAAAGCUCCUCAUUCAAAUAUUAUUAUAAUGAACUCGCACAUAGCUCAGUACCUUGUCCAAUUGGACAGCAGACAUGUUAUAAAACAUACUAUUAAUUGAUAGUAAUGUGCAUUGUUAGCUUAGUGUAAUUUAUCGUAAGUGUAUUUUAGGGACGUGGUUACAAUUAUUCUCUCAGCAUAGGUAGUAAUCAAAAGAAUGUCUUUCUCCUGUCCUUUCACUGUGGUCGCUUCUUAACAUUCCUAUAUGCAUUUCGUUUUUCUUAUAUCAAACCUUGUUUGGUACUCAGAAGCGCUCUUAUUAUUAAUCUAAGCUAAUAUUAAUUAACAAAUUUUUAUGAAUGUGUCCCUAGGCUGAACUAACCUUAUGCCUUAGUGUGAACAUGGUGGACUAUAUACACUGGCAGGAAGCUACACAGCAGUAACACUGUGCAGUGCAUAGCCACAGGCUGGCAGUCACUUUGUUUAGUUACGUCUGUAGCUAGAGCCCGUGUGUACAUUCCACCAUGUGCACCCUUCGUGGCUCAAGUAAUGUGUCCUCAACUAUUUACUCGAGCUACAUGUGACCUUCAUGUAUUACAUCGAAACAAUAUCAUGUCAAGCCUUGAUUCAAUAUAAUUAUUACAUACUAUUAACAUUUUUGUACUGUGUAAAAUGUAUGUUUUUUUUUACUAUAUUUACGACACAAUAAUUUAUUGAAAAAAGCAAUAAUUAUAGUCUUAUGUAUGUACAAACUUAAAUCGGCUUAAUGAUCCCAUGUACGGUAAUAGCACUUCUAUUUAUAUAUUCGUCACUUGAUGUAAUUUUUGUUGUCUCCUAUUUAUCGAAAUAACCAUUUAUAUCAAUUAUAUUUUACCAUUGAGACAUAAUAUUACUUUUUAAGUUUAUGAAACCUGAUCCAAAAUUUGUUAGUGUGGUCCAAGGUCAGUACGUGCGUAUGUGUUUUUUUUUUACUAUAUAUAAUUUAAAAUAAUAAAAAUUGCAUGUAAACAUUGCAUGGUUUAUGACUUUAAA